UCAUCAUUUGACUUUCACUUAUCGUGAGACUGGUUUUAUUAGCAGUGUUGUAAAAUGUAAGAACAACGCAAAAUAAAUGCUGGUAUUUUUAUUAUCCUGUGAAACGGCGCGUUGAAUUUAACCGAUUUUCUAUCCCGCUCUUCGGUCUAAAAUCCCGGCAUCCCGGUUUUACUCUGGGAGCAUUACGGGAGAGGUUUCUGUGCGAUACAGGUGGAGCGACGUAUUAAGUGCUGCUUUAUCUAUUCUCUUUUUUAUCAGGAAUUUUGUGGUUGAAAAUGACGAGCGUCGCGGAUAUUUUGAAUUAUAAGAAGAACGACAGGGAAGAUUAUUAUGGUAUCUUGGGGUGUGAUGAGAGUUCUUCGACGGAGCAGAUCAAUCAGGAAUACAAGAUUCGGGCCUUGCAGUGCCAUCCAGACAAACAUUCCGGUGACAAAGAUAUGGAAGAAAAGUUUCAACUGUUGAAUGAAGCUAAGGAUACGUUAAUAAAUCCUGAGAAAAAAGCUUUGUACGAUAAAUGGAGAAACAGUGGCAUUUCUAUGGGUUAUAAACAAUGGCUGGGAAUGAAAGACCAUGUACAACAGUCUAUGCACUGGACAACCCCGAAAACCAAAGACCGCAUGCUAGAGUCUGGAGGCAAUUCAGGACCAUCUAGUUUGGGCUCCACUACGGCCGCCCAUCGUAGGGCAUCCGAGGGCGGUGCAAACCUCCACUGGGGCGGCAAGACCGGAGCUGCCUGGGGCGCAGGCUCAGACGCUCACAGCGAAGUUGUCAGUAAAUUCAGAAAUUACGAGAUUUAAAUAUUUAUAUAGCUACAUAUAUAUAUUGCAUUUAAUCAUUUGAUGUUCCCCCUAUGUUCCUCUUAUACGUAUUUGUAUUAUUUAUUGAUUUUAUUUCAAAAUGCUUUGGGUACAUUGUGACUCUUUUAAAAGUGUGAUAAGAGAAAGAUUUUGAAAGUUAAUUAUGAUGAUAAUAGAUCAAAUGGAGGAAAAUAAUUUAAGGAUUUGCUAAUUUAAGGCAUAUUUUUAAUGGCUUUAAUUGACACAUUUAAAUAGAGUAUUUUAACAGGUAACGCAUAAUAUACCUAAAAUAUUUCCUAAUGAUCUAGUGAUCAAGAUAAUUUUUUAUAUCUUGAAUAUAUUUUCAAACUUGAUUCACAUAUUCUUACCUAUUUUCCUAAUGUAUUUAUUACAAUUUAGAAAACUUUUUUUUCUAAACUAAAGCUUAACUUCUUAAUAUUAUUAUUAAGUGGAGCAUCUUCUAUUCAUAUCAAAAUAAUAACUAAGUAUUUAUAUUUCACAUUUGAUGUAUUUUUUAUAUAAUUUAAGUAUCAUAUAACAAAAAAAAGACUAUUUUUGUUUAUUUAUAUUUUUUGUAUAUAAUAUUGAUUGUCUCCCACAGGGUAUGUAAACACUCUUUGCACAAACUUGUCCAUUAUUAUGUCGAACCCUAAACAUAUAAAAACACUACCUACACAAUUUUCCCUAUUUUGAGAAAUAUUUAAACUUGUUAUAUAUUUUAUGACUAUUGUAAUCUAUAUAUUAAAGUAUUAUAUUAUAUUUAAAAGUAGAAAUGUUAUUAAAUGUUUCAAACAUAUUACAAGCGAAUUAGCAUGUACUGGUGUCAAAAUAAAAUUUGAUUUUUAAAAAUA